AUGAAGUGGUGGCAAAAAUUUAAAUUACAAUUAUCUGAUUUAGGAUAUACUAAGCUAACAUAUACAUCAAUAUUAUUGUACAUACAUUUUGCAUUUUGUCUAAAGCAGGCACUGUCUGGUCCAGCAUUUGUCGACUUUAGCUACAUAUUGGACGUACCACUGGAACAGGUGACCUAUGUUCCCACAUUGACAUCGGCCGGCAUCAUAAUCGGCACACUAUUAGGACUAUUGCACCGGUAUGUAAACAGACAGUUUACCGUAGUGGCCAUACUGAUCGUACAGAAUGUGGCCAACACCAUGAUGCCGUUUAGCGUACAUCUAUGGCAACUGUAUGUUUGCGCAUUUUUUAUGGGCCUAACGGCCAGUGCCUGGCUGGCCACCUAUAAUGUUUGGCUUAUCGAAAUGUGGCAGGACAAGUCGGUAAAAGUGCUACUAUUUUCACAGCUUAUGCACGGCAUUGGACAGGUAUGCGGCGAACAAUUGGAUCGGCCGUAUCUGACUGGCGAACAACACCACCAACCAGUGUCGUCCCAACAAAAACAUAGUACCGAUAGUUCAGUGUUUUAUAACUAUACCGCUAUGACUACUAGUACUACUACUACUAAUGAUAACUAUACGUUAUAUACCGGUGCCAGUGGACCGGCAGUCCAUAUGGUAACAGUUGACGAAAGGCGAGCCAAACUGAUUAUGCCGUUUAUCAUCAGUGCUGGCAUUCAUGUUAUCGGUCCUAUACUGAUGCUUAUAAUGUUCAAAAUCAAGCCCUACCGGCGCACACAAGAAAUCUACAAAAUUGAUGAAACAGCUGAACAACAAUCAGCAGAUUCGGAUGGAGCCGCCGCCGCCAACCGGCUGACCAGAUUCGACAUCAUAGCCCGGGCACUGGUAAUCGUUAGCCUCGGCUCUGUCCAUACCAUCGACUCGCUGUUGCCCGACUUUACCGUCACAUAUCUCCAGUACAUACCCGUACACUUUACGGCAUCGGAUGCCGCAUCGGUAACAUCGGCCAUAUCGUCUACCUAUACAGUAGCCCAUAUGCUGGAACUGUUGGCCAGUUUUGUACUGUCGACCGGUUGUAUCAUACACUUGCACUUUACAAUAGCACUGGUAGCUUUCCUGUGCCUGUUUGCUGUCCAACAUUCAGUUACCGGCGUAUGGAUUGUUUGUAUAGCUACUGGGUUUGGUGUAUCCAUACUGUUUCCGUCGAUGUUGGCCUAUUUUGGCCAGUAUGUACCGAUUACCGAUCGUAUGGCCACUGGCAUAUGGAUGGCCUGGGGUGUAGUCAAUUUUAUACCGCCAUUUUUUAUGGGACAUUUUAUUCAGCAAUUCCCGUCGGUGUUUAUCAUAACAGCCGUAGCGUUGAUUGUUAUUAGUUUUACAACGCUUCGCGGUUUUAUGUAUUGGUUUCAAUUGAAGCUAACUGUGCGCUGA